CGGCACCAUGAGGCUGCAGGCGCCGCAGUUCCAGGCGCUCUUCACGCCGGGGCUGCGCAGCGUGGCCGAACUUUUUGAGAAGAAGAACUACGAGCUGAGAAUAGCAGGAGGGGCUGUGAGGGAUUUACUGAGCGGAGUGACACCACAGGACAUCGAUUUUGCCACCACAGCUACACCGGCAGAGAUGAAGGAAAUGUUCACAGCAGCUGGGGUUCGUCUGAUCAAUAACAAAGGAGAAAAGCACGGAACCAUCACUGCCAGGCUCCAUGAACAGAAUUUUGAAAUUACCACUCUCCGAAUAGAUGUUGUCACCGAUGGACGGCACGCAGAGGUGGAGUUCACCACGGACUGGCACAAGGAUGCUGAGAGGAGAGAUCUCACUGUCAACUCCAUGUUUUUAGGUUUGGAUGGGACGCUCUAUGAUUUCUUUAAUGGCUAUGAAGACUUGAAAAACAAGAAAAUCAGAUUUGUGGGGAAGGCAGCUGAGAGAAUACAAGAAGAUUAUUUAAGAAUCCUGAGAUACUUCAGAUUUUAUGGAAGAAUUGCAGAGAAACCUGGAGAUCAUGAACCUAAUACACUGCAAGCAAUUAAAGAAAAUGCCAAAGGCUUGGCUGGAAUAUCAGGAGAAAGGAUUUGGGUGGAACUCAAAAAAAUUCUUCUUGGAAACCAUGUCAAUCAUUUGGUUCAACUUAUGUAUGAGGUGGAUAUUGCCCAGUACAUAGGGCUACCACUUGAUGGGAGUUUAGAAGAAUUUGCCAGAGUCACUAAAAACAUCCAAAACCUGUCUCCAAAACCCAUGACUGUGCUGACAUCCUUGUUCAAGGGCAAGGAUGAUGUCACAAACCUGGACCUGAGGCUGAAAAUCUCCAAGGAGGAAAAAAAUCUUGGCCUUUUCUUGGUGAAGCACAGGCAGGAGUUAACCAAAGGCUCGGGGCCAGAACCACUUAGACCAUACCAGGACUUCCUGAUGGAUUCUAGGGAAGCUAACACCAUCUCCAAGAUCUUUGAGCUGCUGAAGUACCAAGGAGAGGAGCAGCUCUUGAAAGAAAUGCAGGAAUGGACUGUGCCCUCCUUCCCUGUCAGUGGCCACGACCUGAGGAAGAUGGGGGUGUCGUCUGGGAAGGAAAUUGGGACAGCACUGCAGCAGCUGAGGGAUGAGUGGAAAAAGAGUGGAUACCACAUGGAUAAAGAGGAGCUGCUGAGCUGCCUGAAGAAGCUGUAAAGUGAAUAAUAACAGAACUGAUUGUGCCCUGAUCCGAGUGGAACUGAGCCUC